UCCAGUCAUAUAUAUAUGCCCUAGAUUUAUGCCUUGUAUCUCUAUAUUCCAUUUCUCUCUCUUCACUCUCUCUCUUGUCGGUGUUCAGAUCUACAGCUUCUCCACUCCAUUUAAGAUCAGUUAGGUUUCCUUCAGAUCCACGAAACUGUGUCCAAUAUACUAGGGCUUUUUAUAUAUAUAACUACUGACUUACAUGCUCAUACAUAUAUUGGUUGAGUGUGGUGGUUGGUUUGGUUUGUAUGUCUGAGAGCGAGAGAGAGAGAGAUAGAGAGUAGGGUUAGGAUCUGGGGUUGGGGUGUUAGCAAGCAGCUAUGCGAAAGCUUGGUUUGAACCGAGUGUUGAUCAUCAAUCUAUGAUUGUUGGCGGAGGAGAGGUUUUGAAGGGUCGUAUUUUGGUGGAGUGCAUGAGGGAUCUGAUUAGGUUUCCGUGUUUUGUCAAGAAUUCGAAGCGAGUAAGGUGGGAUUGUUCGUUUGUGAUCCGAAGUCGAGGUCGCUGGGGCAAAUGUGGCUAAUUCUCGUUUCUCAAUUUCACUCUCACUACUAAUAAAUUCAGUUCCAAUAGUUUUACCCACUUGUUUCAGUACUCAAUAAACAAACAAUGCAGCAAGAUCACGGAAAGAAGAAUUCAACAGAGAUGGACUUCUUCUCUGAAUACGGUGAUGCCAAUAGGUAUAAAAUUCAGGAGGUUAUAGGGAAAGGAAGCUAUGGUGUUGUUUGCUCAGCCAUUGACACCCAUACUGGUGUAAAAGUGGCAAUAAAGAAAAUACAUGAUAUUUUUGAACACAUCUCAGAUGCUGCUAGAAUUCUUCGUGAGAUAAAGUUGCUCAGACUUCUACGGCAUCCAGACAUCGUUGAAAUUAAACACAUUAUGCUUCCACCUUCAAGAAGAGACUUCAAGGAUAUUUAUGUUGUUUUUGAAUUGAUGGAGUCAGAUCUUCAUCAAGUCAUUAAGGCCAACGAUGACCUGACCCGGGAGCACUAUCAGUUUUUCCUUUAUCAGUUACUACGUGCUUUGAAAUAUAUUCACACAGCAAAUGUCUACCAUCGAGAUUUGAAACCAAAGAAUAUAUUGGCAAAUGCUAACUGUAAACUCAAAAUAUGUGAUUUUGGGUUGGCGAGAGUUGCAUUCAGUGACACCCCUACAACAAUAUUUUGGACGGAUUACGUUGCUACAAGAUGGUAUAGAGCUCCCGAACUCUGUGGAUCAUUCUUCUCAAAGUAUACACCCGCAAUUGAUAUAUGGAGUAUAGGCUGCAUCUUUGCUGAGGUUUUAACAGGGAGGCCACUGUUUCCUGGAAAAAAUGUUGUUCACCAGCUGGAUUUGAUGACAGAUCUUCUUGGCACGCCUUCAAUGGAUACUAUUUCGCGAGUCCGAAAUGAAAAGGCUAGGAGAUACCUUACUAGCAUGAGGAAAAAACAGCCUGUACCUUUUUCACAGAAGUUUCCAAAUGCAGAUCCUCUUGCACGACGACUACUGGAGAGGCUGCUCGCUUUUGAUCCAAAGGACAGGCCAACUGCCGAAGAGGCAUUAGCUGAUCCUUACUUCAAGGGACUGGCCAAAGUUGAGAGGGAACCAUCUUGCCAGCCAAUUACAAAGAUGGAGUUUGAAUUUGAAAGGCGGAGGGUUACAAAGGAGGACAUACGUGAAUUAAUUUUCCGUGAGAUACUAGAGUACCAUCCUCAGUUGCUCAAGGACUACAUGAAUGGAAUAGAAAGGACAAAUUUUCUUUAUCCAAGCGCUGUUGAUCAGUUUCGGAAGCAGUUUGCUCAUCUUGAAGAAAAUAUUGGUAAAAGUGGGCCAGUGAUUCCGCUUGAGAGAAAGCAUGUGUCUCUCCCCAGGUCUACCAUUGUACAAGCAAAUGUUGUUUCCUUUAGAGAUCGGCAAAUUGUGGAACAGUCGUGCAAUAAGAAUUUUAGAGAUUCAGAUGGAGUAUCGAGAGCCUCACAGGCACCACAGAGGAUAUCUCUGGCCAAACCUGGAAAAGUUGUGGGCCCAUAUGAGAAUGGAAAUGUUCUGAAAGAAACUUUUGACCCUAGAACAGUUAUAGGAAACUCAGUCAUUCCUUCGCAGGCUGGCCCUCCAGCCUACAGCUACCGCAGGAGUGGCUCUGGAAAGCUGGGAAGAUCUACAACAGAGGCGGAGAUGCGAUCAAAACAAGUCCCUCAAUCUGGCAUAGGUGCCAAAUUAGCGCCGGAUAUAGCAGUAAACAUUGACAACAACCCAUUUUAUAUGAUGCGUGUUGGAGUGGCAAAUGGUGGAAUCAGUGCCGGUGCUGCCACUGCUGCUGCUACUUCAGCUGCAAAUUCAGCUGCUCACAGAAAAGUAGGGACCGUGCAGUAUGGACACUCGAGGACACUUGAGGAUGUAUUAGAGAAAUGGUAAUAAUGAAGUGAGGGUUGUCGAUGUGUAGGAAUGGAAUGGAGGAAUCCAUGUACAGAAAGUGAGUGUCUUUUUCAGGAGCCAGCAUUCCCUGGUUGUCUUAUAGGUUAGUGAAACUAGAAGUUAAAUUCUCUCUCUCUCUCUCACUCUCUCUCAAACCUCUUCCCUUGCGUACUCGUGUGUGGUGUCGCUCGACAUAUCUGAGGUGUAACCUUUGGAUCAUAGCGAUUUUGACCUGCAAACACGAGGGUGGCUUGGUCUCUGUGAAUAAAAAACUCUCUUAAAUCCACAUUUUAUAGUGUCCUUUCAUGAAUAAAGAUUUUUUUUAUUUUUAAUUUUA